GCUUCUUCCGGCGGGGCCGAGGGGAAGCUCCGUACGUUGAAGGACACAGCCUGCGGGAUUCGUGCUUUUUGCAAGAUUGAAAUCAUGGCAGGUCCAGAAACUGAUGCCCAAUUCCAAUUCACUGGUAUCAAAAAAUAUUUCAACUCUUAUACUCUCACAGGUAGAAUGAAUUGUGUACUGGCCACAUAUGGAGGCAUUGCUUUGCUGGUUUUAUACUUCAAGCUAAAGCCUAAAAAAACUCCAGCUGUGAAAGCAACAUAAAAGGAUUCUAAAUUGUACAUCUGUUAAUUUCCCAAGCCUGGAGAAGCUAAUGUCAACUCAUCAUGUGAUACUCAAUUUGUACAAUAAAUUAUGAACCUGGAAAA